CUUCCGAGCCUCUAGUGAUCUUUUCGAAUAAAUGAAUCCAAUUGUUCGUUAUCAUCUAUUCCGGCGCGCACGAAGAAUAUCGACAAGGUUAUCAGAAUCCAUAGUACAGCCGCGACUGAACAUUGGACUGGAUUUCCUUCGGGGUGUUGCUUCGCGGUCCAGGGUCACGAGUCUGGGAGAGAACAGCCUUGGUUCUCAGUUGAAGGAGAAAGAAAAGAUGGGAGAGGACAUUAAUCGAGAAGGGAUGGCAAAAGAGCGAAUAACAACAGAUGGUUGGGGAAAAGAUGAAAAAGACACAAAGCAAUAUCUUAGCCACAUAGAACGGACGGCGACAGAACCAAGGGACGAAUCCCUUCAUAACUUCAUUCUCACACAAGUGACAAGUAUAAACUCCACCACUCGUCUAUUUUAUCUUUCACCUCUUCACCUCGCAUCUAACUCCUCACCCAAACACCUCACCUGGAAACCUGGACAAUGGGUCGAUCUCUUUCUCCCUGGAAUACAGAGACCUGGUGGUUUUAGCAUUGUAAAUAGUCCUAUUUCUCAAUUCUCUCCUUCAAUUGAUGACUUGAAAGAGGAGAAAAAAAGAGGUAUCGAGUUAGCAAUUCAGAAGCCCAUUUUGAAAUUAAAUUCUGGGGGCAAAAUAAGUGAGCAGGUAGCCUGGUUGUUCCAGCCUUCAUCAGAAAUUCUUGGAAAAGAAGUGGCCGUUAGAAUUGGAGGGUCAUUUACCUGGCCUCCUUGUUUGUCCGUUAAGAAGGAGAGCGAAGGCUGUCAAAAGAAGAGGGUAGAAAAUGGAAAUAGGGUGGUUUUUAUAGCGGGUGGAAUGGGCAUCAAUCCUUUGAUGAGUAUGAUCUCUUGUAUUCAUGCAGAACUGGGAGAUAAUGAAAGGAGAGGAGAAGGGAAGAAGGUGGAAGGAAAAGAAGUAGAUGAUGAAAUCGAAGGAAAUGUCGAGGAAGAGAGUUGCGACAAUCUUGAAGUUAAAUUUCUCUACAGUACCAAGGUACCGGUUUCAAUUCCAGCAGAAAACGAGCGAAAAGAAGGAGACACGGAAGAAGCGAUUUUGUUUCUCGAUCGUUUGCAGGAAAUUUUUAAAAAGAGGGAGGAAUGGGAUCUUCAGCUUUUUGCCACCGGCUCCUCCCACGAUACUAUCAAGCUUUUGAAGACAAACGCAAAGUCAAACAUGGAAUCCCAUCAUCGAAGAAUGUCAAACCUCGACAUCGAUCUUGCGCUAGGAACAAUGGCGGAGAAAUCACAAACGAUAGUUUAUAUUUGUGGACCGCCCACAAUGACUGAUUCCAUGGUUUCUUAUGUUCGAAAUCUUCCUGGUAUAGAUCCCUUGAGAGUUUUAUGUGAGAAGUGGUGGUGAGUUAACAUCAAUCUUUCCGAGUUAAUCCUUACCGAGAGGAUUUCGAAGAGACCGAUGGUGAUCCAAUACAAUGUCAUAAGUGUAAUUAGUGAUUUGGUGUACACCCACAAAUAUCAAGAGCGCUUGGGGGAAAUUUUAUAUUUUGUUAUUAACUCUACACACACUCAUUUAUUUUAUCAACGGUUUGAUG